UCACCACACUCUUCUCGUUGCCGCAAGGACCAUUCAACACCCAAAGGUACUAGCGACGAUCAUCCAAUCCGAUUGCCACCUCAGGUGACCGCACGCGCCUUCCGGACUUUCCUAAGCCUGCUUUAUCCAGAGUUGAUUCCAAAGGGCCAGACAGCCAUAUUCACCGUCGAUGACUUGGCCGAAUGUGCUCAGCUGGCCAGAAUGUGGGACUUCGGCGACAUUCGACGUACAUCGAUGAAGAAGAUUCUCGAGUUACCGAUGUCACCUUUCCAUGGACUGAUUAUCGGAAGAAAAUUACGCAGCUCCCGCUGGAUAAUUGACGCAUACGUUAAGAUCUGCAAACAAGACGCCCUUCCAUCUCGAGAUGAGGCCCAAGAGAUUGGAUGGGAGGCCUGGCGCGAAAUCGUCAAACUGCGGGAG